UAGGAUGGUGCAUCUCGCCAUAUAAAAUAAAUUCCCUUCCCACUACAAGCCAGGGGGACACACAUCUGCGUCUUCAGCAGCAGGCGGCAAAGUCAACAGCAAGCAGCAAGUCUUAUUGAGACUCCGUUUGAGAGCGGAUGGUGACUUCAAUUUCUUGUAUUCAAAGAGAUAGUACGCGAGAAGAAAGACUUGGGAGAAGGCUUUUUUAACCGUUUCCUUUUCGAGAGAAGAAGACUGCUUUGGAUCGCCUUAUCGUUUUUGAAGUGCGGAGGGGGGAUUUCCUGCAGUAAGUCGAGGUUUCGGGUCCUGGUUUUCGCUCAAAAUCGCGUCUUGAGUUUGGAAGACGCGGUGGAUGACGAGAAUCUAGUAAACGGUGCUUGAACUGUGGAUUGACAUGGCUAGAUUUUGCUGCUUUAGGGGCUGCUGGUCUCAGACUACAGGACAUUCCCCUGAUAAUGGUAAAGGAAAAAGCUUCGAAGAUCGAGUGAGGGUGACCUACGGCUUUAGUCUUCUCAAAGGGAAGGCCAAUCAUCCAAUGGAGGAUUACCAUGUUGCCAAAUUUGUACAUGUGAAGGGCCACGAGGUUGGUUUAUUUGCCAUCUUUGAUGGUCAUUUGGGAGACAAAGUGCCUCAAUACUUACAGAAGCAUUUGUUUGAUAAUAUCUUAAAAGAGGAUGAAUUUUGGACCCAUCCAGAGAAAGCCAUAUCAGAAGCUUAUGAGAAGACUGACGAAGCAAUUCUUUCUCAAAGUCCGGAGCUGGGACGGGGUGGAUCUACUGCUGUUACUGCCAUUCUCAUUGAUGGAAGGAAGCUUUGGAUAGCGAAUGUUGGUGAUUCACGAGGAGUUUUAGCAACAGAUGGAAAGGCAGUACAAAUAACAGUUGACCAUGAGCCAAGCAAAGAGAGAUGUGAUAUCGAGACAAGGGGUGGAUUUGUCUCGAACAUGCCAGGGGAUGUCCCAAGAGUUAAUGGUCAGUUAGCUGUUUCUCGUGCAUUUGGAGACGAGAGCCUCAAGUUGCACUUAAGAUCAGAUCCAGAUAUCCGCCCUGUUGACAUUGAUAAUGAUACAGAACUGCUUAUUCUUGCCAGUGAUGGUCUAUGGAAGGUUGUGAACAAUCAAGAAGCAGUUGACAUUGGCAGGAAAUUCAAGGAUCCACAUGUAGCAGCAAAGCAAUUAAUAUCUGAAGCAGUAAAGAAAGACAGCAAGGAUGACAUUUCAUGUAUAGUUGUUCGAUUCAAAGGUUAAAAGAAUUAAUUUUCACAGAAGAAAUCGUUCCUUCAGUUCUCCAACGGUCAAGAGGCCACCAUCUAUAAAUUCAAAAUACAGCACAAGCUGCCAGGACUUUGUAUUAAUUGGCUUCCAUGGUCUCAUUUCCUCUUCUGUAAAUGCUUUUCUUCCUUUUUUUUUCUCUAGUUGUGAAAUAUUAUUUGAUUCCUUUGAAGCGUUAGUUGAUCCGUGCAUCUGUUUGUUCGAUUUCUGAAGACCUGAAGGCCCUAAGGUUGGAAGGUGGACGAUUUAUUCAGUAUAAUGGACUGGAAUUUUAAAGAGCUGUUUGUGUA